AGGAACGCCCGCACGGGCCCUUGCGAGACACCCAGGUUGCUGGGUACGGUUUCAGCCGCUGUGUGUUGUGCUGUACAAGGCUACCAGCGUCGGAUUUUCUUGUUGUUUCUCCGUUUCCUGGAUUUGGCUUAUGUUUGGUCAUGAUGUGCAUGCGUGGAGUUGGCUAGUGGAUGGUUCUUUUCUUUUUCUGUUGUGUUCGUUUGGACGGACUUCGGUACAACCCGCCCAGGACACAAGGCGAAUGGAUGUGAGCAAAUCUCUUGAGGAGAUUUUCUCAUAUUACUGCAGACCCGACCGUUUCAUAUCUGCAGCUAAUUCUGCAUGGAUGACCAAAACACCGGGGAUAAAAGUACUAUUGUCCUGCCACGACAGGCAGCGGAAGUAUGCACUGCUUUCCCCGGAUAGAGCCUCGAGGAGACAGGCUCAUGGGAUAUACGCCGUCGCCGUUAAGCCACAUUCAAAUCCCGGUGAUUGCGAUAUUGCUGCCUUUUGACUCGUUGGAUUCGGAUGGGUG